AUGGCCCAGCUAUACUACAAAAAGGUAAACUAUUCACCGUACAGAGACCGGAUCCCACUACAGAUCGUCCGAGCGGAGGCAGAGCUCUCGGUGGAAGAGAAGGCCUACCUCAGCGCUGUGGAGAAGGGGGACUAUGCCAGCGUGAAACAUGCCUUGCAAGAGGCAGAGAUCUACUACAACAUCAACAUUAACUGUAUGGAUCCUCUUGGUCGCAGUGCCCUUUUAAUAGCCAUAGAGAAUGAAAAUCUGGAGAUCAUGGAGUUGCUUUUGAACCACAGUGUGUACGUGGGAGACGCUCUGCUGUACGCAAUACGGAAAGAGGUGGUGGGAGCUGUGGAGCUGCUGCUGAAUUACAGGAAGCCCAGUGGUGAAAAACAGGUUCCAACUUUGAUGAUGGAUACACAGUUUUCAGAAUUCACUCCAGAUAUCACCCCAAUAAUGCUGGCGGCUCAUACCAACAACUAUGAAAUUAUCAAACUGCUUGUCCAAAGACGGGUAACAAUUCCACGCCCACACCAGAUCAGAUGCAACUGUGUGGAAUGUGUCUCCAGUUUGGAGGUGGACAGCCUGAGGCAUUCCAGGUCAAGGCUGAACAUCUACAAAGCCUUAGCCAGCCCUUCGUUGAUUGCCUUAUCAAGCGAGGACCCCAUCUUGACGGCCUUCCGACUGGGCUGGGAGCUGAAGGAGCUCAGCAAAGUGGAAAAUGAGUUCAAGGCUGAAUAUGAAGAGCUUUCACAGCAGUGCAAGCGUUUUGCUAAGGACCUUUUGGAUCAAGCGCGGAGUUCCCGAGAACUGGAGAUCAUUCUCAAUCACAGAGAUGAUCAAAGUGAAGAGCUGGAUCCCCAAAAAUGUCAUGAUUUGGCAAAGCUAAAGGUAGCAAUAAAGUAUCACCAGAAAGAGUUUGUUGCUCAGCCUAACUGCCAGCAGCUACUAGCAACACUUUGGUACGAUGGUUUUCCAGGAUGGAGGCGGAAACACUGGGUAGUAAAACUCUUGACCUGUGUCACCAUCGGACUGCUAUUUCCUUUGCUAUCCGUGGCAUAUCUGAUUGCACCGAAGAGCAGGCUGGGACUGUUCAUUAAAAAGCCAUUUAUAAAGUUUAUCUGCCACACCGGCUCUUACCUAACCUUCCUCUUCAUGCUCCUGCUGGCUUCGCAGCACAUCGUCAGGACUGACCUUCACAUGCAGGGACCACCUCCCACCAUCGUGGAGUGGAUGAUCCUGCCCUGGGUUCUAGGUUUUAUCUGGGGAGAAAUCAAGGAAAUGUGGGAUGGUGGAUUCAAUGAGUAUGUACAUGACUGGUGGAAUCUGAUGGAUUUUGCAAUGAACUCCCUCUAUCUUGCAACUAUCUCCCUUAAAAUUGUUGCCUACGUCAAGUAUAAUGGUUCUCGUCCAAGGGAGGAAUGGGAAAUGUGGCACCCGACUCUCAUUGCAGAAGCCCUCUUUGCAAUAUCCAACAUUUUAAGUUCCUUGCGUCUCAUAUCCCUGUUUACAGCAAAUUCACACCUGGGACCCUUGCAGAUUUCUCUGGGACGCAUGCUGCUAGACAUCCUUAAAUUCCUUUUUAUCUACUGUCUGGUGCUUCUGGCUUUCGCCAAUGGACUGAACCAGCUUUAUUUUUAUUAUGAGACCAGUGCCUCGGAGGAACCCAACAACUGCAAGGGGAUCCGAUGUGAGAAACAGAACAAUGCCUUCUCCACACUUUUCGAGACCCUCCAGUCACUCUUCUGGUCUGUGUUUGGCCUGCUGAAUCUCUACGUCACCAACGUGAAAGCCAGACAUGAGUUCACAGAAUUUGUUGGGGCCACAAUGUUUGGGACCUACAACGUCAUCUCCCUCGUUGUGCUGCUGAACAUGCUCAUAGCCAUGAUGAACAACUCCUACCAGCUCAUUGCUGACCAUGCGGAUAUCGAGUGGAAGUUUGCGCGGACGAAGCUCUGGAUGAGUUACUUUGAUGAAGGUGCCACUCUGCCCCCGCCUUUUAACAUUGUCCCGAGCCCUAAGUCAGUCUGGUACCUUUGCAAGUGGAUCCACAAUCGGCUGUGCCCGGGCAGCGACUCCGACAACGAACAGAAGAGGCAUGAAAACCUCAAAACGUUCACAGAGCGGCACGCUGACAACCUGAUUCAGAAUCAACAUUACCAGGAAGUGAUAAGAAAUCUUGUGAAACGAUACGUCGCAGCAAUGAUAAGAACUUCCAAAACCAACGAAGGUUUAACUGAAGAGAAUUUCAAGGAAUUAAAACAGGACAUCUCAAGUUUUCGCUAUGAAGUUCUCGACCUCUUAGGAAACAGGAAGCCCCAGAGGAGAAGUUAUUCUACCAGCAGCACAGAGGUGUCCCAAAAGGAUGAAACAAAUGAGGAUGGCGCUGGAGAAAAACCCAAAGCCAAGAGUGUGUCUUUCAACGUAGCCAACAAAAAAAAGGACUUCAACGUAUCUGCUCUAAUUAAAACCAUGUCUGGGAUGAAUAUGGUGGAAGAGAAGCCAAAAAGCAAUGGGAUCAGUAAGCGCUCCUUCGUCCGAAAUGGAAAUAGAGUUCAGAGACUUUCCAGCUCCAAAAAGGAGUCCUUCAAGAGACUGGGCCUGCUCUUCUCCAAGAUGAACGGACAUGUGCCCGAACCAAGCUCCGAGCCCAUGUACACUAUUUCAGAUGGAAUUAUUCAGCCACACUACAUGUGGAAAGACAUUAAAUAUUCUCAGAUUGAUAAAGACAAAGAAGAGAAUUGUUCCAAAAGUGAAAUUAACCUCAAUGAGGUGGACUACAGCGGGAACACAAGACUUAGGGGACAGAGCAAGGAGUGCCCUGUGGUUUGUACCAGCUCCCUUCACUGUGCUUCCAGUAUUUGUUCCUCUAAUUCCAAACUUAUAGACUCGUCAGAGGAUGUGUUUGAUUCAUGGGGAGAGGCUUGUGACUUGUUUAUGAACCAGUGGAAAGACGGGCAGGAGGAUCACGUUACAACACGGCUAUAA